AUGCCUUGGUUGUCUGCUUCCAACGCGGACGCCCUGGGCGGCGAGCCAUCGCGUGUGGCAAGCCAAGUCGUUCAACUCCUUCGCGGGCCCAGUCAGCCGUCCGACUUUCCCGCCUCGAUCGUCUUCGGCCUCUCCUCGACCAAUGCCACUGCACAACGCGCAGCCAUUGCCGAGCUACGUUCCUACAUCCAUCGCCUCUUCUUUCUUGACUUGAAACCCUACUUUUUCAUCUCGAGCGUCGCCUCCGCUGGCAUCAUCGCGCUUCUCAUUGUCAUCGGCUUUCCCGUCGUUCUGCAUCGUCUCUUCCACGGACGACUUUAUCCAUUCCGUCUUGAACGACGAGCGCAAGGGUCAUAUCUGGUUCCGAAUGCCAUCAACUGCUUUCUGUUGCUCGAAGGUGUCUAUGGCAUCCUCACUGUUGCCUACAAUUUCGUUGUCUGGCAACUGUUCAGCAACCACCACCAGUCGUAUAUGAACAUCUGGCAAGCGAGCAGGAGUCUGAUUUGGAUCCCCUUGUACAUGGGCGCUUUUUUGACGGGAUGGGGAAGCUUCUACACGGCGCCGGGAGCGUUGGAUAAGCCUACUGCAGCGGCGAGUAGGCUGAGCGGUAGAGGGAGGAUGCCUUGGCCGGUGAUUGUCAAUCUGGCGUGUUGGGGUGUGCCGGUGGCGCUGAUCGUUUCGUUGUUGCCGCCGGUGUGUCUCAGUUCGGUCAAGAUGGUGGAUACAUACCAUGCAUAUCAGGAUUGGGAUCGGAGGCUGGAGGCGUUGUUGAAUCGGACCGCGGUCGGAUCGCUGGUGGAUCAGGCGAUGGUGAACGACUACCGGUCGCAGGCGUAUGCAAUUUUUACGGGCUGGACGAGAUCGUAUUACUAUGUGGACAUCGCCUACUUGCUGUGGGGGGUCUGGGCCAUAUUGUUUUUGGUGUUCUACGUCCCGGCAGGCGGCGUACUCGUGUUUCUGUUGUAUCGUCAGGUGACGAGACAGAAGGUGAUCCUGCUCAGCUACCAACGCAAGCUCGAGGAACAACUCGCGCACGAGGAGAGACAGACGCACGUCACCGUGCUCAGCGGCGAGCACGCAAGGUUGGGCCGUCCGCAGAACGGUUGGACUCCACCCAACGCAACCUCGCGCAUCGGUGCGCCACUGGAGGAUAUCUACGAGGACCACGGUGCAUCGGAUGACAGCAGAGGCACAGGCCGAAGCGGCGGCAAGAAUGGUCACGAUGCCAUCGGUCUCGAAUCGGCGUUGAGGCAGGAACCUCCGGCAUCGCAUCAAGUCCACGGUGCACGAACUCCCGGUGCUGGACAGGUGACAUCUUUGGCUGAAGAGGCUGAGGCCACAGCGCCAGCCGUGAUCCCCGUACCGCCGAGACGGCCAUCGACAUUUCGAAAGCUGAUGAAGCUGGAAACCGGGACCUCGACUCGGUCCACGAAACGCAAGCGCAUCUCGAUCACGGGUGGUCCCAUGUCCAGAUACAGGUAUCUGCGAAGGUGUUUGGUCAACCUUCUCAUUCUGUACUUCGGCAUCAUCUCGGCUGCCUGCUUCUUCGGUGCUAUCACGAUCUUUCUGGCAGCGGUCGAGUACGAGCACGCACUGAAGGGUCCAGAUGAGAUCACCAAGCCGAUCGGAAUUGCACAAGCAACAGUCGCCUGGGUGUCCGCCGUGUUCGGUUUCCUGACGAUCGGUUCGAUCAUCUUCCGCAACUUUGACAACCCUGAACCGGAAGCAAGUCAGAACAGCGGUGAAGGCGGUGGAAUAAGGCGAAGGUUCGUCAGGAACACGUCCAAGACGCAAGGAUCUGCUUCCGGUGGAGCGGGGGAGCAGGGGGCGGUUGCGGUGGAGCAUGAGAAGACGAGGACGUUGCCUGCGGUGCCGGAGAGCGUAGAUUUGGAGGCAUCGAUGAUGUCGGGAGUACAGUCGAGGCCGAACAUGGCGAUGAAUACGGCGAUGAAAUUCUCCAUGGCGGAGCAGACGAGUCGACCGGGAGGGUUCGUGAUCCGCCCGGACGACCAAUUAGCGUCAAUGAUGUCCGCCGAGGAGACGUCGAGGAGCGGCCAUUUCGAGUCCGUCGGGAGAAUGGCGGAUAAGAGCAGAGUGGGAGUGCUCCGAGCACCACCAGCGACACGCGCGUGGAUCGGGAGGGAGAGGGAGGCGACCAUGUCGAUUCCCCAGGACGUGACUGAAUCGUUCGGCGUGGGGUCGUUGCCUAUGAUCGCGGUCGGAUCGCAUCAAUCCGGCGAGAGGUUCGAGACGGGAGAUACGACCCUCAAGGAGUACCCGUCGUUCGACCCGCAUGUGCUAAAGGCGCAGCCGGAGGCGGGGGCCAAAGAGGAGGAAGAGGCGGCGCCUCGUUCGCCAGUGCUGAAGAGAUCGUCCAAGCGGGCGGACAGCGUGGGCAUGGAGACUCCGGCGAAACGCAUCGCGAGGGAGUGGGCGCAGACCCAGUACAUGGCUCAGCCGCUUCCGCAGACACCGCAGACACCGCCGACGGCAGUCGAGCAGGCCGAGUUGGCCAGAACCGCGGACGGAACACCAAGAAGACCAGCACGAGACGCAAGGAGGGCGUUCGGAAGCCCCACGUCGGACAACAGCGAGCUGUGGGGUUGA